CGCACCACGUACGUGCCCCUUGUUCACCGUCGUGUUCAGGCCGCAAGCUACAGUCGUGUCUCACCAUCGCAGUCUCGUCGCGCACCAGGUAUCCCAUACGCGAUGUCGCAAUCUGAUUCGAAUACCACCUCGGACGCCGCAGUUACCCCUACGACCGACGCACCAGCACCCUUCAAUAAACCCACCGCCGAUCUCAUCCUCCGUUCGUCGGAUGGCAUGAACUUCCGCGUGCGGAAGGCCAUACUCGCCGAGGCAUCUCCCGUGUUCGAGGACAUGCUCUCGCUCCCUACGCCGCAGGACCCUGCUGAGUCGCCCAACAACCUCCCCAUAGUCCCCAUGACGGAGGACAGUCGCAUUCUACAGGGCCUGCUGUGCCUAUGCUACCCUAUCAACGAUAUGCCCAUCCAGACGCUGGAAGAGGCGUCGAUAUUGUUGGACGCUGCCAGGAAAUACGCCAUGGAUGGAGCCUUGAAUUACCUCGGUCAACGGCUCGUGGUCUUCGCGGACACCGCACCUGUGCGAGUCUACGCCCUUGCCAUUCGCUACCAGCUACGGGAGGAGAUAGUCAGGGCGGCCGCAAAGGCAUCCCUGAACGUGGUUCUCGCCAACAACAUAUUGGCGACACUGGAGGAUCUCACCCAUAUCAGCGCUUCUGCCUUCUUGCGCCUCCUCGAUUACCGCGAUCGCUGCGCUGCAGCGGCUGUCCGCAGCUUCGACGACUUGACAUGGAUUGACGCGAGCAAGUGGUGUUUUUUUAAUUGCAGUGGUUCGUGCAUAGGCUUAAGCGUUGCUCCGUGUACAUUCCGAGAUGGACUGGCUAGUUACCGGGGAAAGUGGUGGACUGGUAUGAUGACCCGUUGCCGCGCGAUCGUGCUCAAGACACCAUGCGGGGCAGCCCUUGCCUCUCAAGAUUGCACAGCUUUAGCUCUCACACAAGCUGGUCAAUGCAAUGUCUGCACAGCGCGUGCGCCGCACGAGGUGGGCUCUUUCAUGCUGCUCUUGGUGGCUGAGGUCGACAAGGCAGUUUCAGAAGUCAAGCUAGCCAUCGUGUAGAUUAUGGACGCUCUUACCUACACAUGGUCCUCGUGGUCCCAAACAUGUUCCGCCAAUUUCCCUACCAAAACCGUGACCUGUAAAGCGAGAGCAGGAUCGAAAUACAGUGUCGUCUGGGGCCGUGGGCACACGAGUUUCACCAAUGUCAAGCGUUUCUUGACGCCAGUCAUCGAGGAGAAAUUGUACUCAUGGUGCUAUGUUAAUGAUAUGCUGG